GGAAGGAGCCCUCCAGCCCUGACUUGGACAGGGUGGGCCUUUACCACGAAGUGAGCAACAAGACCAGAGCCGUCACGCGCCUGGGCCCCUACAGCCUGGACAGGACCAGCCUCUACGUCAACGGUUACAACGAACAGCCAGUGAUGCGGCCAGUGACGCCCACUCCCACUCGGCCACCAACCACACCUCCAGGCCUCGAGCGUUUCACCGUCAACUUCACCAUCACCAAUCUCCCCUACGAUUCCGACCUGCACGUUCCUCACUCGGCAAAGCUCAACAGCACCCAGAGGGUCAUGACCACCUUGCUCAACCGCCUUCUCAAGGACACCAGCAUUGGCCCCAAUUUCCUUGGAUGUGCAACGACAGCCUUCAGGUCCCUGAGGCAAGGCGACAACACAGGCGUGGACCUCGUCUGCAGCUACAGGAAGGAGCCCUCCAGCCCUGACUUGGACAGGGUGGGCCUUUACCACGAAGUGAGCAACAAGACCAGAGCCGUCACGCGCCUGGGCCCCUACAGCCUGGACAGGACCAGCCUCUACGUCAACGGUUACAACGAACAGCCAGUGAUGCGGCCAGUGACGCCCA